AUGGCGCUGCUCCUGCUUUGCCUGGUGCUGAGCCUGGCCUUGGCCCAGGAGUUCAACCCCAGGGAGAUUGUGUACACCAACUUCAACCUGGCCAGGGUCGAGGGGCCCUGGUUCUUGAUUUCCUUGGCCUCCAACAACAUGACCAGGAUCAGAGUGAACGGGGACCUGCACCUCUUCAUCCGGAGCAUCGAGCUCCUGGAGAACGGCAGCCUCAUGUUUAAUUUCCGCUUCAUGCUGCACGGGGAGUGCGUGAUUGUGACUGUGACCUGCAAGAAGACACAGAGGAACGGGGAGUUCUCCAUCGUCUACGAGGGGGAGAACAAGGUGCUGAUCUUGGAGACUGACUACUGGGGGUAUAUCAUCUUCUACCUGCAGAACGUCCGCGACAGCGCCGAGACCCAAGUGCUGGCCCUCUACGGGCGCAUCCCAGUGCUUGACAGACCCUUCCUGGAGCGAUUCAAAAGAGCCUGCAGCAAGUACGGGAUGGGUCCAAGGAACACCAUCGAUGUGGCAGAGAAAGAUCUCUGCAUCUAGUAGAAGAGGAGCCGGCCCAGCCUUGAGGUGCAUGAGCAGUGGCGCGCAGGACACGCAGCCUCAGAGCCUCCCGGAUCUGUGUCUCCUCUUCCAUCUCCAGUAACAGUGCCCGUCUUCAGGUCCAGGGCCCAGGCUGAGACUCGCCCCACCUAGCAGCCUACCUUGAGCACAUCUGUAGGAAAUCUUUUUCCAAAUAAACCUCACC